GCGAGUAGGUAUGCCAGUGGGCACUUCAGUGGCGUUCGCCAGAGCACACAUCAAGGACAUCCUGAGGCGGGAGUUCAACCGCUCUGUGGAGCUUCAGGUCUUGAAGGCUCCGCCCAACUUUAUCUUCCGAACGGUGGCCGGUCCACUGGUGUUCACGGCCAUGUCUGUCAUCAACACUCUCCGCCAAUCAACACGUAGCUCGGCCUCCAGCACCAUCCUCUCAGCCACCUCCAUCUCUGUCACUGUGCCCGACUACAAGCACCUGGUGCACUCAGUGCUGCAGUUUGUGCCAGGCCACGUGGACGUGCGUGUGUGUAGCUUCAGUGAGCAGGUGGAGCGUGGUCUGCUCACAGCCUAUGCUGAGGUUCGACGACGCUACCAGGAGAACGGGAACUUUACCAUAGAGAUUUUCAACAUCACGAUCAGCAUGGCCAAAGCCCAGCGUCAGCAGCAGAGGGCGCCAGUGGACAUCACCUUCGCCGUGCGGGAGGAGCGCGGCUACCUGCUGGGGUCAGAGGUCAGCGCCCACCUGAGGCAGCUCAGCAUGGUGGAGUACAGCUUCUACCUGGGCUUCCCUGCAGUGCAGAUAGCAGAGCCUUUUCAUUACCCUGAGCUCAAUAUGACCCAUCUGCUGCGAACCUCCUGGGUGAAGACGGUGCUGUUGGGUGUGUUAGACCAGCGCGUGAGUGAGCGCACGUUCCAGGCCAAGAUGGAGAGGCGACUGGCCCAGCUGGUGGGGGAGGGACUUGGAGUCAGCCGACGCUGGAGGAGAGAAACCACUGUGGGCAACAACAGCGUACAGGUGGUGCGGGCGGUGCGGCUGGAGGGCUCAGACCACCCUCUGGAGCUGGUGUACUUUGUGGAGGGGGGAACCGGGGAGAGGCUGCCGGCGCACACCACUGCCGCCCUGCUCAACCGCAUCAACCUGCAGAGGGCCGCCAUCGUGCUGGGCUACCGUGUGCACGGGAUGGUCCUGGCUCAGGUGGUGGAGAAGCUGGCCCUGUCGCCGCGGGAGACGCAGCCCAGCAGCGUGUGGCUGGUGGUGGGGGUGGUGGUGCCGGUGCUGGUGGUGCUCUUCAUCAUCAUCAUCCUCUACUGGAAGCUCUGCCGCUCCGAGAAGCUGGAGUUCCAGCCCGAUGCCAUGAGCACUAUCACCCAGCGACAAAAGCUCCAGGCCCCAAGUGUGAAAGGUUUUGACUUUGCCAAGCUGCACCUGGGCCAGCACAGCAAAGAUGACAUCAUGGUGAUCCAGGAGCCCGGCCCCUUGCCCCCGCAGAUCAAAGAGCCCACGCCUUCAGAGGGCGGAGAGCUAAACACGCCCAAAUCCAAGAGCUCUUCCACUAAAGUGUCUCGCAACGCAGGACGAAGACGAGGCCGGUUGUCUCCAUCUGAUGGCGACUCACUGGGCAGUGAGGCAUCCAGUGGGCGGGACUCAGCUGAGGAGAGCACACGCCCAGCUGUCAUGCCCAGUGAAGGAAAACAGCAUCGGAAAAGCAAACACUCAAAGAGCAAGUUGGCAGCUGGGGGCAGCGGAGCGGACGAGCAGCUAUCGUCCUCAUCCAUCUUCGAGCAUGUGGACCGCAUGUCACGCGGGUCCUCAGACGGCACUCGGCGCGUCUCGAACAAGAUCCAGCUGAUCGCCAUGCAGCCAGUCCCCAGCCCGUCCACACCACAGUCCCAGCUGCCACACCACGAGCUCACACACGCACACACACACAGGCACACGUACACACUCACCGAGAGAGGCCCUGACGGCACGCAAGUCAACACUGAGAUUGCUGUGGCUCUGCGGCAUAAGUCCGAGAUCGAGCACCACAGGAAUAAGAUCCGCCUGCGGGCCAAGAGGAAAGGCCUCUACGAGUUCCCCUCCAUGGAUGACAUCAUGGCCGCCUUCGGAGACAGCGAGGAGCAGCAGCGAGUGUGUCAGCAGAUCCACAAGAUCCUGCACCCCGACUCACACUCCUCACACUCACACACACCCAGUGCAGACAGUCAGCGCAAGAGUUCUAGAAGUAGGCGUUCUCCGCGGCAGAGGCGGGGUCAUCACCCUAUGAUUGGCAGUCUGGAUAAGGAUCGCCUCAUCAACGACAGAGAUGCCACCUACAGGAAGUACCCUGGAGUCAACAAUGUUGCCUAUGUGUCGGACCCUGAGCAGCUGACUGCCGGAAGCCCCUCCCCUGACGAGGUCUUUGCCCCAGCCCCGCCCUCAUACCAGCCCCCUCAGCCAACCAUAGAAGAGGCUCGUCAGCAGAUGCUCUCCCUAUUGGAUGAUGCCUUCGCUCUGGUGUCUCCCUCUUCACAGGGAAGCCCCGCCCCUCUGGCACUCACUGGUGUGGUCGGGGUGACAGCAGGAGGCGGGAUUAGUCCUGGACCUCCUGCCUCACCGCCCCCUCGUCCAAUCAGGCACUGGGGCUCUGCGCCCUCACAUAGCCCUUUCUCUGCGAGGUAUGCAGAGCUGGGGAUGUCCCCUACCUCUGUACAGGGUCUAUACCAGAGAGAGGCGCUGGGUUCCGGCUACCUGCCGUCAGAUGUGUACUCCAGCAGAGGGCAGUAUGGAGAGGAGCCGUCCUGCUCUUCUAGACCACGACCUGUAGGCAGCACAGGUGCCCAGCUACAGCAGCUAACGCAGGUAGGUCUGUCCAGCCGUAUGGGUGUGUAUGGUGUGGGCCGCAGUGUGUCAGGCCCCUCUGGCUGCAGCUGGCUCCAGUACCGUUCAGACGAUGAAGAACCCAGGCUUGGGUCUGACAGAGACAAUAUGCCAAACUACUCUGCUGAGUACUCCUCCUCCCCCCUGUUCCAGAUGCCCCGCACCGCUCUCACGGACCCAUCUGCACCCCCCACACCAACCUACUCGCCCCCCGCCCCGCCCGAAGGACCCCCACCGGACCCCCCAUCCCAGUCCUCUGCCUCCCUCAUCAAAGCCAUCAGGGAGGAGCUGCAGAGACUCAGCCAGAAGCAACCCCCCAUGGCCGCCUACCACAGCUAACACACACACACACACACACACACACACACACACACACACACACACACACACACACACACACACACACACACACGUACAUACACUCACACACUAAUCUGUACAUCCAGUAAUAUACUCAGUACUCAUACUCCAUUCAGCUAAACAAUAGAAGAUACACAGAGACAUACACACACACAUACACACACAUGCAAACCCUCACAAACAUACUCACUAACCCACAUCAAUCCCUGGCACAAAGCCACAGGACACCCACACAUAUUGGUAUUAAAUUAUUCAUCUGUACUCACACUUUCACCACAUAUGCACUAAAAUAAUUCCAAUAAAUAGUGACAUACCCUACACAUCAACUAACCAUUACACUAACUAUACUUGCUAUACUUACUGAUAUCCCUCAAUGCAUGUGAACUUGCAUACUAUCCCAACUUUAGGCCAAACCCAUACUUCUACUCCCAUCUAAAUCUACAUACUAACCUAUCCUUCUGUUUCAGAUCUCUACAUUCAUCAGAUCCUAAAUUCUAUACAUCAGAAUACUGCACACCAUAAAUAGUACAUACAUAACUCAAAGAAGCAUCCGAUCAGAAAUACAGAACUAAACUUCAGAUUUUGACAUGUUAUGUUCAUCUAGCACUCUAACCUCUAUGUACUAACACCCCUUCUAGCUCCACUGCCACACUACACACAAACAACCAUACCACUCACCCACCCUUCCUAUUACUCGCAAAGAACCUAGACACACACCCAAUACAAACACACAUAUGCGGUCACCAAACACUCUGUUUAACACUCAAACACAAACACACACGAACACAAACACACGCACGCACACACACACAUACACACACAAAUAACCUGUCACCACACACCCUGUUCAUCUCAUUGGUCCUUUGCCACUGACAUCUGAGUAAACAUGGUGCAGUUGUUGCUGUGGAAACCAGUGGAUAUACUGUAGUUCCAUUGCAAAUGAAGUUCCUGCCGUUGCCAUGGCUCCAUUGUCCAUCUGAUCUAACUUUCUGGUGCUAACAUUCCUCCCCCUGUUUUUCCUUCUCCAUGAUGUCACAUGACUGCCUUCAGCUGGUACCUCAGUCACACCACUGCUUCCUGGUUCAAAGGUCAUCCAAUGUUCAAACUGGAUGGUGGAGCAAGUGGCUUGAUGUGGAAUCCGCUCUCCAAAUAUGUCAGCCCUACCCUGCACAUCCAUAUGCAGACUAAAUCAUAUACACACACACACACACUUACAAAAAACAUACCUUCCACAUACACAGUACACAUAAAAACAGUACAUAGAAGAUUUGACCGUCUCACGUCUUGGGCCUAAAGGAAGAUCUUAAGUUUCGCAUCACCUAAGAAACAAGUGUUAUCAAUUUAUGUUAAAAACAAAA